AUGGCUGAUAGUGCAAGGGUGACUGGCGGUUGCGAAUGUGGGCGGAUCAGCGGCGGCCCGUUCUUGCCAUUUGUCGACUUCAAGAAGAAGGAUAUUGAAUGGACCACCAAACCUGAUACAUACAGCUCCAGCGGCGAUGCUGAGAGAGGCUUCUGCAAGGUCUGUGGGUCGACUUUGACAAUGACAUACCAUUUCCAAGAGGAUUCACUAGGAGUGACACUUGGCUCCCUGGACCGGGUUUGCGGAUUUGUGCCAGAGACCAAGUACCAUAUCUUCGUCAAGGACAAACCUGCGUGGUUUCAGAUCCCAGACGACGGCCUGCCUCGCCAUCAAGAGUUCAAUGACAAUGACCGGUACCAACAAGGCCUUAAGCAGUGGCGGGAAUCUCAUCCGAAGGAGGAAGUCAAGUAG